AUCCGGGUGUAUUUCAAACCAGAGCACGUUUACGUGAUAUGGCCACGAAGCUUGAUGGUCUCCGAACAUGUGCAGAGCGCCACGCUUUUGCCGCUUAAAAAUCAGCUUUAGCAGCGGUGAAAUCAACAGACCUCACUAGUCUGGUAAUGCGUUUCAGACCAGAGACGCGGCCAGGAAACUGGGGCGCCUCUGAGCAUGCACAGAAAGCCUCCCUUUGGGCUCCUGGCUCAAAACUCUGUCCCCGCCCCUUCUGCUAAGGAGGCUGCCGAGUCCAGCCAAUCUGAAGAGGGCGAGGAGGGGGCGGCGCCCGAUUUGAAAUCUUUUCAAGGACCCGCAAAAAGAGGACCAGAUCUCCCAGCUGCAAGCGGCAGAGGGGAGCCCAGCACAAGGAAAGGGAAGAUGGCAUCUGUGUUCCAGAGUGUGGUGGGGUCCGCCGUCGGCUGGCGAAAUCACGAGAUCCUGCCUGACCUAGAGGAGAGUCCGCUUCCAGACAGGUUCAGGAAGAAGUCUUCUCGCAACAUGACGUCCAUGCGGAUGUCCCUGCGGAAGCGGAUGCCUUUAAAAGAAGUGGAGGUGAACUUUGAGGAGAAUCCGACAUGGGAGAGCCUGGAGGCCAAGGAGAAAAGACAGAACUUGCGGACGCUUACGAGGACAGCUAAGAACGCCUUUGGGACAGUGUCGCAGAAAAUCCAGAAAAGCUGUCAAGGCCCCACACGCUCGCUAGUCUCCUCCUGGAACAAAGAUUCUGUGGGUGGCAGCAGCAGGAGCUCUGCCAAAACCCAAAGCAGGCCGCCCCGGACCCCUCGCCGCAAGAGCAACAGGCUUGCCGCUGUCUCGACCCCAACAUCUGACACCAGGAUUGUGUCCCCAUCUGGCAAGAGAUCCCCCUUUCAACCUGGCUCCUGCCGGCUUAACAAAGAGCUUCUCCCUCUCCGGAGAUCCAUGAGGGCUGCAGCCUUGAGAAGCCCAUACGGUUCUCCUGCGUCUGUCCGACAAAGGAGACAAUUUGAUUGCAACCUGGAGCUGGUCUCCACCGGCAUUCGCCAGUUGAAGCGUCUCUCUCGGGCCUUCAACGACAUCAUUGUCCAAGAAGAGAGAGAUCAAGCCAUUGUCAACUACUACCAGGUGAUGGCGCAGAACUUGCGGGCUGCCCAGGUGCGGUCCCGAAACCUCUCCCAGUCUUCGCUUAGGAGGCGGGUGGCCAAACUGCGCUGGGAGCUCAGCAGCUGGGCUGAGAAUAACUUUAAAUAGUAUUAAUCUUCGAGAAUAUGAAGGGUGUGUGUGUGUUUAUCUUACUUUUUUAAAAUAGUGUUUUUUGUAUUCUACUCUGAAUAAGCUUGUGUUUUAAAAAAUGCACACUAAUUUUUGUAACGUCUCAGUGAAACUACAUGGGUUUUUCUUCCUAUAUAUGUGAACGUCUGUGCUAAAACUGAUCCUAUUUAUGGCAUUAAGUCAAGCUUAACCAACCUGAAUUUCAUCUCUCUUUUAUUUGAAGGCUGAGGUGUAAGUGUAUCAAUGAAUAAAAGGAAAUAAAGCUACAA